UGUUACUAGUCUCAUGGGUACCUCUCAAGAAGUUGAACUCCACAAGAACCAAGGAUAUGAUAAUUGUGAUCAUGAUUCUACUGGUAAUAACCACGAGAUGGAGGACGACUUCUCAUCAUCUUCAACAACAACGAAAACCAGCAGAAGAAGCCAUACAUGGUGGUUAAGGAUCACUGUCUACGCCGUCUUCCUCGUCGCGGGCCAGUCGUCCGCGACGCUGUUGGGAAGAUUUUACUAUGACAAAGGAGGGAACAGCAAGUGGAUUGCAACUCUCGUCCAAUCCGCCGGCUUUCCCUCCUUGAUCCCGCUCUUCUUCUUCUUCUCCCGCUCCUAUAAAACCUCUCCCCCUGGGCCCACGACCACAAGCUUGAGCCGAGAGGGAAAUGGCCCACUCUGCCGCCCGAGAGAGCGGUUUGUUUGCCUGGGGUUCCUAUACGUGUUCUUCGGGGUCCUCCUGGCGGGGGACAACAUGAUGUACUCCUACGGCCUCCUCUUCCUCCCCGUGUCGACGUAUUCCCUCCUCUGCGCCACCCAGUUGGCAUUCAACGCCGCCUUCUCCUUCUUCAUCAACGCCCAGCGCUUCACGGCAUUGCUCCUCAACUCCCUCGUCGUCGUCACCGUUUCCGCUGCCCUUCUCGCCGUCCACUCCGAUGAUACGACAGCGUCGAGAGUGUCCAGGGGGAAGUACGUGGCGGGGUUCUUGUGUACCGUUGGCGCUUCCGCCGCCUAUUCCCUCUACCUCUCCCUCUUGGUUUGUGCCCUCCUCCUAACUCAAAUCUUUUAUAUAUAGAUGUGCACAUACAUUAUAGUAUAGUAUAAAAUCACCAAAUCAGACAAAACAAAAAUAGAAAAAGAACAACUGGUUAAUGAGAUAUUGAGUUGCGGUAGAAAAUCAAUUGAGCUUGAUCUUCAUAUGUUUCAAUAUUGGUUUUCUUCAUAAAACUUUCACAUUUUUUAAAAUGACUAAUACAUCCAAAUAAAGUUAUUGCAAUAUAUUCUAUCUAUUUUG